GCAACGCCUGCCCUAGACGAACUUCAAGCUACUUCCAACUUUGCCACUCAAAAAUGGUCAUCCCAUGCCCACUUUCCUCCAGGGGGCGGGUCUUGUGGGAGUAUGACCGGCCAUUCAGCCGAGAGGCGCCGACGCCGCGAGCUAGACGCCUUCCUCGAGAUGCGAAGAGGGCCCUCAUGGCCCCACCGAGCCUGUGGCCUCCUCCAUCCAAGACAGCGUCGGUGACUGCGAAUGCCCUCGCAGAUGCAGCAGCGCAGAAAUGUGCGGCCUUCCAUCCGAAGAGGCGCUUUGCCUCGCCGGGGCACAGCUGCAUGAUGAUGGAAUGCUUCGGAGAGCGCGCCUAUCGCAUGUUGCCUCCGGCGAGCUGGGGACUUCAUUUUCCAAGCUCUGAUCUGCAGAAGGAGAGGGAGGAGCGGCGCCCCGAAAGCCGAUGGAGUGAGGCAGACCAGCGUCGCCCCGGCGAGGCUGCCAGACUCUUCAAGGAGGAUGGCGUCCGAUGGAAAUGGAGGGAAAUGGGAGGGAAUGCCGGUGUGGGAUCGGCCCCAGGGGUCUGUCCGGACCAAUUUCAUGGUCGGACCAUGACUUGGUCGGACCAAGGUGACAACUGUGGGCCCAACGAAGCGAACUCUUCUUCCGCAUCGUCCGUCGCGCCUCUUUCAGCCCGCAUUUGAAGCAGACACGGCGAAGGAGAGCAGAGUACGGCUUGUUGGAUCGUUCCUUCCAUGGCCAAGUAGAGCAAGAGAACACUAUAUAGUAAGUACGUGGUUCAACAAGGUGUGCAAAGACGAAACACUGUAGCCCUUUUUUCCUGCAAGAGACGGGGUUUUCUGCACAAAAACGAUUACAGUAUAUAGACUGCCAUCAGAAUGAUCCGAGGAGUUGCCUCGUCGGCCGGUGACGCGAUGACAGGCGAAUUCGAUCCCAGGCUCGUCCGCGAGGACGCAAGGUGCUCCGGUCCUCCGACCGCCUCGAUGGAACAACCCAAAAAACGAC